UCCACUUAUCUCCUCCCUCCUUCGCCUGCAGCCAGAUAACAGCCCUAACAGUUGGAUCAAGUACUAGCCAGUCACCACCGCAACCUGACGGACACCAGUGCACCCUAACGGUCUCCUCCGCCGCCCACAAAAAGUCACUGUUGGGGUUUUUGGAGUAGUUAAUGCACAGAUGUUAGCGCUGGAAGCUGUAGUACAAAUUUGGUAGUAUGUAAAUAAGUUCUCGUGUGAUAUUGUCGUUAAAGAGGAAGGUUGUAGGGAGAGAGAGAGAGAGAGAGGGAGAGGGAGAGACGCAGCUUUCCGUUAUUUCAGUUCCAGCGCGCCGCGGCGGCACAAAACACCAUGAGCGUCCCGCUUUACGCACCGACCCCCAUCCAGCCGGCACACCCGACUCCCUUCUACAUCGAGGACAUUCUGGGAAGGACAACCACCAACACCUCCUCUUCCUCCUCUUCUGCAUCUUCAUCCUCGUCCUGCUCCACUCCGGUCAUCCCCACACCGACUCUCCCGUCGCCCAACUCCUCCUUUACCAGUCUGAUCUCGCCAUACCGGACGCCGAUUUAUGAACCCACGCCGAUUCACCCGGCGCUGUCUCACCACGCCGCGUUGACGGCGACGUACGCCUCUGCCGGGGCUUUCACCGGUUCCAUGUACCCGUUCCACCACCAACACCACCGCUCCAUGGGGGAGUACGCACAGGCGCUGCUGAGGCACGACCACCUCGGGAAGCCUCUGCUGUGGACGCCCUUCAUCCAGCGACCUCUGCACAAAAGGAAAGGCGGUCAGGUCCGCUUCUCCAACGACCAGACCAUCGAGCUGGAGAAGAAGUUUGAGACCCAGAAAUAUCUGUCACACUACAGUCACACAUCAGCUCUAACUAGGACAUUUUGUUUGUUGACAGAAAGACUUCAGCACAGAACUUGGAUUUCAGCGGACAAACAGUUUACACACACAAGUCACAGGAGACCAUUCAUUUUUUUUUCUCCAUUUGUCUCUCAGGUUAAAACUUGGUUCCAAAAUCGACGAGCGAAGUGGCGAAGACUGAAGCAGGAGAACCCUCCGGCCGGCAAGAGGGAGGCGGAGGAGGACGGAGCCGCCGGCGGCAGCAGCAGCAGGAAAGGAGACGAGCGGACCGAGCCGGCUGGGAUCCGGAGCCCGGAGCACCGACACGGGAGCCCGGCAUCGGAACCGGCGCAGGCGGCUCUCUGCGGGCGGCCCCUGUCAUCGCAGCAGUCGUACACGGAGCUGAAGUCGGAGGUGUCGGACGAUACAGACCAGGAGCUGGACAUAGAGGACGACGACCCGUUUACACUAAACCCGCAGUUCUGAAACUCAGGCUCCGGACCGACACCGGACCGCGAACACUCGGUGAUGAGGAGCCAAUCAGUGUCAGGCUGCUUCAGAGACUAGCUCCUGAUCUGACAGGCCUCUGAGGUAAAACACAGCCGGACAGGUGGACUCUCUGCUCCUGCUGCGUCCAGCUGCGUCCAGCUGCUGUAUAUAAAGGUGUUGCUGUCAAUAGAAGAGUGUGUCUGUACUGUUCCAUGUGUUGUGUUGGAGGACAAACGGCCUGAAGUGUGCAGGCCUUUGUCUAAAGAUGUGAUAUUCCAGUAAAUCAUCAGUGUGGCGUGAAUUGUGUUUCUAUAUCUAAGAAACGAUUUUGUGAUAAGAAUAAAUCUGACACUUUGUAUAUA